UUAAUAAGAGCAGAUUUUUAAAACACUUGAUGGUGUGCUAUUGCAUACCUUUAUAAUAAUAGAAUUAAAACCUUCUCAAUAGAACAUCUAAUGGAAGAGGCACACGAAGAGGAAAGAGAAGUAUUGAGAUCGAUUUAUGAUGGCGAUGAAAACUUUAAAGAAAUCUCUCCCACUUGUUUUCAGUAUAAAUAUGGACUUGAAGAUAAAUCAUUUUUGCUCGAGAUCUCGUGGCCUUGCGAGUAUCCUUCAGACCUACCAAUAAUUAAUCUAAAUACAUUUUUCAAUAAUAGUCUGCCAUCUGAAUUGAAAGACGAAAUAAAGGCUCAGCUAUUAGAACAAGCCGAAGAAUUGCGAGAUUCUGCCAUGACUUACUCAUUGUUUGAUUGGAUGAAUGAGAAUUCGCAGCAAUUCAUCGAAAAAAUCCCGGAAUUUACCCAAAAGGAAAAUGCAAAAGAAGAAAAAGAAGAGAAAGUUGAUGAAAACCAGUCAUCAUCAAAAUCAAAAGAUAAAAAAGAAAUUCUUACAAAAGCACAAAAGAGAAGAAUAACAGAUAGAACAAAUUAUAAAGGAGAACGGGAAAGGGGCUGGGACUGGGUUGAUGUAGUGAAACAUCUGUGUCAAACAGGGGUAGCAAAAGACUAGCCGUGUAAUAUUUCAUUAAGAUAGGCUUAUAUUCAAGAUAAACAAAAAUGAAAUCCAAGAAUUAUUAAAAGACUAGCUGCUGAAAUGUUUCAUAAAACAGUUUAAGAGGAAUUGCAUACAUCUGCCAAAUAACUUGCCCUUUGCGACAGAACUUGGAAGGCAGAAGAGGCAGUGGUACCAAUUUAGCCAAAUUGGCAGCAAAUAACUGAAAUAAAAACAUACUUUGUUAUCUAUAGAUUUAAAACUUCAAUAAUCUAUCAAAUUGAUUAGAAGAAUGAAGGAUUGUAUUUUCUACAUAAAACUUUAGCCAUCCUAUUUGAAAACUAAUCUUUGCUUUUUUCCCUUUCUUUAGGUUAAAACCUGAAUUAAGAUUCUGUAAUGAUGGCUUGACUUUGUUCAAACCUAUUUCAAAACCAUUCCAAGCUGAAAGAAUAUCUAAGUCUCAGGAAAAUAGUCUCAUUUUAAAUCAUUUUUGUAGAACAUGAAUUAAGUUUUUCUUGUAUUUAGAUGUUGAAUUUAUUUUCAGUAAGAAAUGAGGUUGUUGAAGUAUGCAGCUAAAUAUUUUUCUUAUUGUUUCCUUUCUGCUAUUUUUCAAUAUUCCUUUUCAAAAUUGUUUUAUACCUAUAAAUUGUUGACUAACUAGACUUUCCUAAACAGACAUAUUUUCAACUGUUCUGAUA